AUGUCGAAAUUAUCCUCUACUCCUUCUGAAAUCAUCAUUAUAGGUGGCGGUGUAAUGGGGCUCAGCACGGCUUGUGCCCUCGUGCAACGUCCCCAAUAUUCCAACUCCUCCAUCACUAUCCUGGAAGCUGCCCCCGCUGUGCCAAACGGACAGGGUGCUUCUGUGGACACGAGCCGCAUUCUGCGUGCCGACUAUGCAAUCAAGCCGUACACCAGGCUGGUGACGGCCGCACGGGAAAAGUGGCAGGAUGUCUCGCACGACGGAUGGGGUGGUGAAGGAAGAUACCACGACGCCAAACUUCUCCUGACCGCUGAGCCUGGGACGGAAGGCCACGUUGAUGGCUAUUUGGAGGAAAGUCUGGAGAACCUGAAAGAGCUCGCACAAUCGGGCGAAUACGCGUUCAAGCCGCAGGACCUCCGAGAGCUUUCUGAUCGGAAUGCGGUCGCCAGAGAGUCCCUUGCCCCCGGGUGCAGUGGCAAUUUUGGCUAUGUCAAUGAUCAGUGUGGCUGGGUCAACGCCGAGGCCUGUGUCAAAUAUGCGUAUCAGAAAGCCCGGCGCCUUGGGGGAGAUCGUUUCAAAGUGCGAACCAACACUCUGGUGAAGCAACUGCUCUAUCAGACCAAUGGCAAAAACCUCGGUGGCGGGGUUCGCUGUACCGGCGUGGAGCUUCUUGACGGUUCUUGUGUUGAUGCAGACCUAGUCAUUGUUGCUGCGGGCGCGUGGACACCGUCGCUGGUCGAUGUUCAGGGGCGUGCCGCUGCUACAGGCCAAGUUCUGGCAUAUAUGCCCAUUACCAAUUCCGAACAAAAGGCCUUCAACGCAAGCCCGAUCUAUUUCAAUGUCAGCCGAGGCAUGUUCAUGCUUCCUCCCCAUGACAAUGAGCUCAAGAUGGGCCGUCACGGAUUCGGUUACCAGAACCCGACAAAGGUAACUAUUCCGCGACCGACACCGGAGAAUCCAAACCAAUCCGUAGAAGCCACCGUCAGUGUGCCGCGCACUGACCUGCCCAUCCUGCGGAAGCAGAGAAGGCUUGCAAGGACUUCCUGCUUGAGAUGUUCCCAAGCUGGAAAAAUCGGAGCUUCUCGAAAACUAGGACCGACCGGCGAUUUCCUUGUCGACUACGUUCCACACUCAUCUGGCCUUUUUCUCGCGACCGGUGACAGCGGCCACGCUUUCAAGGUUUUCCCCAUCAUCGGGGAUAAGAUUGCAGACGCCAUUGAAGGGAAACUCGAUCCGGAGCUGCAAGAUCUGUGGCGAUGGAAGACCGAUGCUCCCAACACCUUCCAAGGAACGGAUGACGGAACACGAGGUGGCAGGCGCGGAAUGAUUUUGGAACAAGAGCGACGAGGACGUGGCCAAGUUGCAGGACGCAUCUGA